CUGAAAGCGAGCUUCCGCUUUCGUCAGGCGGUGGAGGCGUUACUUCCGGUUUGGAAUAACAAGGAAGCAGAGGAUGUUAGAAACCUCAGCAUUGCUUGUUGACAUGGAUACACCACUGUGAGCUGCCUGAAGCAGAAGGUCCAUGCUUGUCAAAGCUGACUUUCUUGUAUUUUAUUUGGUGUGGAUAACUAUGGCCCAGCUCUUGGCACAAGAAGAAAAGGAAAAUGUUGCACUAAAAGAUUUGUUAUCCAAGAUUGACUUAGAUGAGCUGAUGAAGAAAGACGAACCUCCACUCAUCUUCCCCAAGACUUUGGAGGAGUUCGAAUAUGCUUUUAAUGAGCAUGGUCAGCUACGACACACAACAACCGGAGAGCCGUUCAUCUUCAACUACAAGGAGGAUAUGCACAGGUGGAACCAAAAAAGAUACGAGGCGCUGGGAGAGAUCAUCACGCAGUAUGUUUAUGAGCUCCUGGAGAAGGACUGUAAGCUGAGGAAAGAGAUGCUCCCAGUGGAUGCAACAGAGAGUGAACCAAAGAGCUUCAUCUAUCUGAGCGAGGACGCGCUGACGAACCAGGACAAGCUGCUGGUGUUGAUCCAUGGCAGCGGCGUGGUGCGAGCAGGCCAGUGGGCUCGACGCCUCAUCAUCAACGAGGACCUGGACAGCGGCACGCAGAUCCCUUUCAUCAAAAAGGCCAUGCAGGAGGGCUACGGCGUGAUCGUGCUGAACCCCAACGAGAACGCGCUGGAGGUGGACAAGGUCGGGGAUCCGUCUACGGACACAUGGGACGAACCGGCGGAGAAACGCGAGCGUAAGGAGGAGUGCGAGGGAAAGAAAAAGAAAGAUGGGUACGAGAAGUACCGCAACCCACAGAAGGAGCGCGAGACGAAACGCAUCCCGAUCCGGGAAAACAGUUCACCCGAGGAGCACACACUCUAUGUGUGGGACCAUUUCAUUUCCAGAUCGCUCGCCAAAAACAUCUUUGUGGUUGCUCACAGCUUCGGAGGGUUGUCUUUCGUGGAGCUGAUGAUCCAAAGAGAAGAUGAUGUGAUGUCACGUGUGCGUGCAGUGGCCAUGACUGACUCAGUUCAUAACCUGUGGCACCAAGAAGCCAGCAGAUCCAUCAGAGAGUGGCUGAAAGAGCGAUGCUGUAACUGGGUGUCGAGUCCUGAGCCGUUGGAUACCCCAGUGGACUCAUUGCUUCCUGAUUGUCGUCGCCGCUCAGCAGGCACUGAGAGGCACGAGCUGACCUCAUGGAAUAGCUUCAAGUCCAUCUUUCGAUUCUUCAACGAACAUCUCCAGGCACAAAUGGAGGAGGACAGGGACGAGGGCAAAGUGGAGGAGCAGAAGGAGGAGCAAAAAGAAGAGCAGAGGGAGGAGCUGAAGGAGGAGCAGAAGGAGGAAGAAGAAGAUGCUUCUACCACAGUGACUACACAAAAACGUGCCAAACAUGAGGAUUUAUAGAAAACUGGAAUAGCAUCAGACCUUCUUGGUUAGGCUGCGCUAUCUUGAAUAUUUUUGCUUUAAUUGCUUUUAAAGGGUAGUCCUAUGGUAGGCACCUCCUUCUAUAUUGUCUGAUGCCUUAGAGUUGGGGGUCGGCAUGUAUACAUCAGAAUAGCGUUUUGCAUUACACAACUAUCAAAGCAAUAUAUACUGCUUGUGCCUCCCCCUGGGCUGUUGUGUGGGUUUAGUGGCCAUAUUAAGGCUGUCAGGCGACACUACAGAGUACCUCUAAGUUUCCUGACGUCGCUCUAAACUCACAUAAUGCGAGCGCACACACACACACACACACACAGGUUUAACCCACAGGUCAUUUAGCCCACUUUAACCCUAAACAGCUCUGGUUUUUCCAUUCAGUUUUACCCAGUUUUACAUUGAUAAGGGUGCUGGCAUGCCUAAGAAAUUUUCUUCCUUUACAUUCUGGACUCAUAGGCAUUAGCACUACAGCACUAAAGGAACUUGCGCUGCAUAGAUAUUUGCUUUUCAAAGUACACAUUAGAUGCAGGAUUUUUCCUCGCCACCUGCCUCUGAAAGAAGCGAAUACUGAAUACCAGGUAAUAAUUUGCGUAAGUUCCUUACAAUUCAUACCCACAUAAUCAAGAUGAAACAUAUAAAUGAAACAUAUUUCAACUAAAAUAACUUCAAACCACAUAUCAAAAAUGAUUUUUAGCCAUAGCUUCUUUUAAGAUACUUUGGAAGUUUUGAAAUAUCUGACUUUUCUCAAGUGCUAGCAAAAGGAGGGUUAAUAAUUUGUAAAUUAUAAAAUAAAUUAUAAAAUAAUUUCCUUUAAAUGUUUGCCUUUUCAAUGUGACAUGCCUAUUUCAUACACGCCUGGUAAGACUCGCAAUUUACCAUCACACUGACGUCCGCUGCUUUUGCUAAAGCACAUAAUGUCACUUUCUUAACAUAAACAAAAGACAAACAGAACAAUGUGGUAUUAGUCAAGGCUUAAGCUGUCGCUCAGACAUGACAGCACGUCACCCUGCUUUAACUAAAACUUUGCCACAUUUUUAUCUUUGAAGAUGGACUAUUUAAAUAUUUGUAAGCACAUAUUUCAACAAAUUUGACCAAAUUAACCAACUUUUAGCCAAAAUAAAUGAGUGAUGUGGGAUGUACUGCGAAAUGCACUAAAUCUAUCAACAUUUUAAAACCUAAACUGCUUUUAGGGUUUUGUCUACAUCAUUAUAAGGCUAGUAUUAAAUUGCAAGUGGUUGUGUACUGCAGCUAAAUUGAGAAGUAAAAGCUUUGGAAUUUGAAUAUUGCUGCCUUAAAAUAAACAAGACACACUUCUUUUUCUUUUUUUCUCUUCUUCUUUUCUUUUCCUUUCCUUAUACAUUCAGCUAAGCCAUCAGUUGAUUAUAGGCAAGAAGUGCAACCUUAAACCAAAAUCAGAUUAUAUGUUUCAUAUGUAAGUCAUGAAUCUUAGCCAUUCUUAUUUUUAAUCUAGUGAUUUCUACCUUUUGUGAAAUCCUAUUUGCUUUCAGUGGACACAAGGUUUAUUUAAAAAAAAAAAAAAAAAAAAGUUUGAUUUUUUAUUCAUCUUGUAAAAUGUUUUUUUUCAGCGUUUGUCUUGUCUUUUUUUUUUUAAUCACUAAAAAAAAGGAAUGGAAGUACUUUUCAAAUCGUUGUUCAACUUUGACGCAAGUGUAAUUUAUAAACGUCAUUUCCGCCCUUUUUUUCGUUUGUCUAUCAUAGAGACUGGGGUCACUUUUUACCAACUUAUUUUCUCUUCAUUUUUAUCUACCUGCAACAAAUUGCCUUUGCAAAAUAAACGCUUUUUAACAAUA